AUGAAUAGUGCUCAUGUGGAGUUCUACACUUCCCAGCUCGCGGACGGUCAAAGUGUCAGCCAGGAGGCCUUCUACGACGACCGCGAGCUCUACGGCGCGCUGCUUGAGGUGAAAGCAGAGGCUGCGGAGGAGGUGGCGUACCAGCGGGCUGCUGACUCUGAGGAGGCUCUGCUUGCCCUGGAGAAGGUGAAGGCUUGGUCGGAAACAAGUCCACAUGGCAUAUCCAACUUCGCGAAGCUGUUGAAGGCCCAGGCAGACUCCGCCAGUGUGCAGGAGGCGGGACUGACACGUCUCGGUGCCCUGGCCUCCGGUACCGCCGGCGGCUAUGGAACUGCGGCGCCCGCUGGUGGGCUGGCGCCGGCCACGCUGCUUCCGAUCAUCUUCGCUGCGAUGGCGCGCUUUGAGCAGGAUCCGCAGGUGCAGCGCCAGGGCUGCAGCGCCCUGCGCGCCCUGGCGCUGCAAAGCCCGGCGCCGGUGCUCGACGCUGGAGGGGCGAAGAAGAUCGCGGAGGUGAUGAAGCGGCAUAUCAGGAAUGCGGAGGUUUGCCGCACAGCGGCGGUCAGCUUCGCAGCCAUUGUCAACAAGUGCCAGAACGGCCCCGUGGAGAUGUCCCAGCUGCGAAACGCCGGGGCAGCGCCGGUGCUGGUCGACAUCCUGUCCUACCACUCCAACGACCUGCAGCUGACCAGAUGCACCUCGGCGGGACUCUUCAACGGGGAGUCCCUGGUGGUGCCUGUGACGGUGCCGAAGGUCUUUGUGCCACAGUGCGGGCACGCGAUACACACGCUCUGCCUCGGCCGGCAGAUUUUCCCGGACGAUGAAGCGAGCGCUCGCGGGGACUGCCGCAGAUGUGGCAUGCCCUAUGCCUGGACGGGAAUCGACGUUGAUCCAAUCGUCAAUGCCUUCUGCCUGAUGUUCGGCCCCUACGUGGACCAGCGAUCACAGGACAUGUGUGAUGAAGGGAAGCUGUCGGCUGAAGCGAUCACGAGAAUCUCGGAGGUUUGCGUCAACUUCUCGCUGGAGCUUGGCGGGCUGGUCAGUGCCACAAAUGCCUGGCUGCUGCUCUGCCGGCGCCACACCUUCGCCGAGCCCGAGAUCGUGAAGAUCGUUGGCGAUGAAGUGAUGAGGCUGCUCACUCUGCCGGAGGAUGCCCGAGGAGGGCAGCUAGAGCUUCCGACCCUGGUCCCCGUGCUGCCGGGCGAAGUGGCUGGGGGCCCUGACCUGGAGCCCUUGGAGCCGCCUGAAUUCGCACUUCCCAUGCCAGCAUCGCCCACGGACGAGGAGCUGCGCAUGUCGAGUGACCUUCGCCAGAAGAGGCUCAGAUUCGCCUGUUGUGUUCUGAUCUCCCUGACAAGCUUUGAAGCCAUGGCCCCCAUGAAGGCAAUGAAGGCCACGGGAGCUGCAAAGAGCAUGAAGGUGAUGAAGAUGAAGGCAGUCCGUGCCAUGCCGAAGAGUGGCAUUGCCGCUCAGGUGGCCGAGAGCACCGGCUUGAAGAAGGGCGACGUGACACAGGUGCUGACUUCCUUGGCUGACAUCGGUGCCACGGAGGUGAAGAAGACAGGCAAGUUUGUCCUUCCCGGACUCGUCAUGAUCAAGACCCGCACGAAGCCGGCCACGAAGGCCGGAACGAAGAUGAUGUUCGGCAAGGAGGUGACAGUCAAGGCGCAGCCGGCAAAGACGGUCGUGAAAGCCAUGCCCGUGAAGGCAGUGAAGGACCAGUUCUGA